AUGGAUCUUCGUGGAUCUUCGUGUGUCUUCAAAAUCGUCUCCCCCACCGGCGAGCUGACCAACGCCCGGGCCGAUGCUCGCGUGGAGCCCGGCGACCGGGUGCUUGUCCUGGCCAGCCUGCUGGAGGACCGGCCGGCAGCCGGCGGCCCGGGCACGGAGCCGGCCGCCCCGGCCCCCCUGUCGGCCGCCGACCGCGAGGCCAUCCGCCGGCGGGUGCUCUUCUGCGACUCCGGCCUGCUGGCCAUCGACAAGCCGAGCGGCUGGGCCUCGCAUGGCGGGUCGCGCGUGCACCGGCACAUCGACCAGCUGGCGCCGGCCCUGCGGACGGCCCGCUCGCCGGACACCCCGCGGCUGGUUCACCGGCUGGACAAGGGCACCUCCGGGAUCUUGCUGCUGGGCCGGACCCGGGCCAGCACGGCCCGGCUGUCGGCCAUGUUCCGUGCCGAGGGGUCCUCCUCGACCAAGCGCCUGCGCGCGGCCGACGCCCUGGCCGCCGUGGCCGACCCCGGCGUGGCGGCCCUGUCCAUGGGGGCCCGGCGCCAGGCCGGCGCGGCCUCGGUGUCCGGGUCGCGUCCCUUCGUCGAGAAGGAGUACUGGGCCAUCAUCUGCGGCCGGCCCCGGAUGCUGAGUGGCGUGUGCGUGUCGCCGACGGUGGCCGCGGCGGCGGCGGCGGCGGCGGCCCGGCAUGCCGGGUCCCAUGCUCCUUGA